CGGUUGCUGGGUGCCAGGGCGGCUCCCGAGGCAGCGGGGGAUGCUAAAAGAAUUGUAGCAUGUACACCACAGAACCAAAUAAUGAACAUUUGGAGGAUAAAAACAUGCAAUCAUCUACAACUCCUCAGAUCCUCAAAGCUAGUGAUAGUAAACCUGAAGAAACUCAGGAAACUAUCUUGUCAAAAACAGAGGAAACAAAACCACAGGUGGAAAAAAAGAGUUCUUGUCCUCCACAAGGAACACUGAAUGAAACUAUUACAAAUGGAGUUAUGCUUUUUAUGCUAUGGUGUGUAACCUGGUCAUUAUCAGGCCCUGAAGCCCUUCCUGGUGGAAGUUUAUUUGGACUAUUAAUUAUCUUUUAUAGUGCCAUUAUUGGGGGGGAACUUUUGGAAGUCAUUAAAAUGCCUUCAGUGCCUCAACUUCCUCCUCUUCUUGGGAUGUUACUGGCUGGUUUUACCGUUAGGAAUGUUCCAUUCCUCAGUGUCGUCCAUCUUAGUAACACGUUAUCGUCAACGUUAAGAAACACUGCCCUUACCGUUGUUCUAGUGCAAGCUGGGCUUGGACUCGAUCCACAGGCUUUGAAGCAUUUGAAGGGAGUUUGUUUAAGAUUGUCUAUGGGUCCAUGCCUCAUAGAGGCAUGUUCAGCUGCUGUUAUUUCCCACUUCCUUAUGAAUUUUCCCUGGCAAUGGGGAUUUCUAUUAGGUUUUGUGUUAGGUGCUGUCUCUCCUGCGGUGGUUGUACCUUCCAUGCUUCAUUUACAAGAAGAGGGAUAUGGUGUUGAGAAAGGCAUUCCAACCUUAUUAAUAGCUGCCAGCAGUUUGGAUGACAUCCUGGCUAUCACUGGAUUCAAUACAUGCCUCAGCAUAGUCUUCUCCUCAGGUGAUAUUCUUAGUAACGUCCUGUCCUCUUUUCGGGACAUACUUAUUGGUGUGCUGGUAGGAGCUGUUUUGGGAAUGUUUGUUCGAUUUUUUCCAAGUAGAGAUCAGAGAAAGCUUCCAGUGAAGAGAGCAUUUCUUCUGUUGAGUAUGUGUGUUUCUGCCGUCUUAGGCGGCCAUCGCAUUGGUAUGAAUGCAGCUGGAGGAUUAUGCACACUGGUACUGAGUUUCAUUGCAGGGAAUGGUUGGUCCAAAGAAAAGAUUAAAGUCCAAAAAAUUAUUGGAACUGCAUGGAAUAUUUUUCAACCCCUUCUUUUUGGUUUGGUUGGAGCAGAAGUAUCUGUUAUCUCUCUUCAGUCAAAUGCUAUUGGCAUUUGUGUUACUACCUUGAGUUUGGCGUUGUUGGUUCGAAUUUCUUUUACAUUUGUAUUGACAUGUUUUACUGGCUUUAAAUUUAAGGAGAAAAUAUUUAUUGCUUUAUCGUGGAUGCCCAAAGCUACAGUCCAGGCUGUAUUAGGUCCUCUGGCUCUAGAAAGAGCAAGAAUCAGCGCACCUCAUUUGGAACCAUAUUCGAGGGAUGUGAUGACAAUGGCUUUUCUAGCCAUCUUGAUCACAGCUCCAAAUGGAGCUGUAAUUAUUGGCAUUCUGGGGCCCAAAGUACUUACUCGCUGUGACCCAAGCAAAAUGAAAGUGGAAUUGUCAGAAUUAGAAUUACAUUAAAAAGUUGACUUGCCGUCACCUGCUUGUUUCUCUUAAUGAAUUCUCUUACAUGAGAGAAAAAUUAAAAGAUGCAAAUAUGUGGAGAUUGUACCUAGAACCAAGGAUUUAAUAAAUAUAUGAUUUUACUACA